ACCAUUGUUAUUCUCUCCUUCAGAAACCAUUGUUAUUCUCUCCUUCCAUCAACUCGAUCUUGGAAUUAUGCAUUCAGAUUAUAAUCGAUAUGGAAUCAGCGAUCUCUCCCUUUCAUUGUCUAGAAAGUUUUCUCACUGUGGAGCCUCUCUCUCUCAUCAUAUGGAAAGUUUCUCACUCUAAGCCCCUCUCUCUCCUUUUUGCAGUCUGCUUUCGUUUUUCUCGAUGAAUUAUGUUGAGUCAAGAGAUGGGUUCGAACUUUGAUCAGUGUGUUCUAGCUUUUUAUCAUUGUUUUUGUGCUCUUGUUUCUCUUACUUGCCUGCAGUCCUCGUGCAAAUGGUUUCCUCUCUCUUCGCGUGGGCUCCCUCUUUCUCUCUCAUCCCUGCUUAUUCACGUGACACGUAAGCCCCAAAAGGCCCAUAAACUCAGAACUGAUACGUGAGAAAGCGCCACCGCUCCUCACCUGUCCUAGAAAAGCCACCACCUGUCGAAACCCCCAUCCAUUUUCUCUCUCCUCCCUCCCUUUCUCUCUCAACAAAAUGCUGGGCUCCUUUAAAAGCUUGCUGCCUGUGAUUUUACACGGGCUUUUUUGGUUGAUUUUGCAAUGGCGCAGCAGCAACAGAUUCGGGAGAGAGAGGAGGGAGAUGAUGAUGAUGAGAGAGGAAGAGAGGAGAUGCCUUUGAUGGCUCUGAAUCACAUCUCCAGGCUUUGCAGAUCUGUGGAGAAGUCCAUGGAGUUUUACGAGAAGGUGUUGGGUUUCGUUCUCAUCAAGAGAUCUGAAGUUUUCAAAUUCAGUGGGGCUUGGUUGUUCAACUAUGGCAUGGGUAUUCACUUGGUGCAGUCCAAGAAUCCACAAGAGGAGAUAGAUGAUACCAAGCCUCUCGACCCCAUGGACAAUCACAUCUCCUUUCAGUGCGAGGACAUGGGUGUGGUGGAAGAGAAGCUGAAGGAGAUGAAGAUAAAGUAUAUGAGGAGGACAGUGGAAGAAGGGGGUUGUACCAUUGAUCAGAUGUUUUUCAAGGACCCAGAUGGAUUCAUGAUCGAGAUUAACUGUGAGAACCUCGAGCUCGUGCCUGCUCAUUCGCUCUCGUGUUGUCUCGUAAGACUCCCUAGAGACAGGCACACCAGCCUUUGGCCACAGACAACAACUCCAUACAAUUAGCAGAAAAGAGUAAUGGGGGAGAGAGAGCUCCCCCAUGUUGAGAGGAAGGAUAUUAGUGACAGAUGAAUAGAUGCCUUCUGUUUUUUUC